CCUUGAAUUGUUGGAAAGUAAUUUAUUAUUGUGUGCAGUAGGUUCCACGGUUCUUAUUUACACCGCCUCUGAUUCGCCAAUCGUCUUCCCCCUCCCUCUCUCUGUUUGCGUUUACCAGAACCCUCGAAGCACGGUUUCCGAUUUCCCAUAGCCGGCGCCGGAAAAUGACGAGCUACGGCACCAUACCGACGUCCUCUUCCCCCUCCGGACCGCCGGUCAACCUCGAGUACAUCACACGCGCCAAGGAGCGGAUCAAGGCUGGUCUCGGCACGCGCCGCCCCUGGCGCGAGAUGUUCCGGUUCCACAGCUUCAGCCUGCCGAGAUCCUUCCGCGAAGUGGUGUCGCGUGAGAAGACGAACCUCGGAUACUUCCAGAUGAACUACGUCAUCGUCGUCCUCGGGAUCGUGUUCCUCAGCCUCCUCUGGCAUCCGAUCUCGCUCAUCGUCUUCAUCGUGAUGCUCGCGAUUUGGUUGUUUCUGUACUUCCUCCGCGACGAGCCUCUGGUGAUCUUCGGCCGCCUGAUCAGCGACCGCGUGGUGAUGAUUUUGCUGUCGGUGGUGACUCUCGUCGCUCUCCUGCUCACGCACGCCACGAAGAACAUCCUCGUGUCGCUGCUCGUCGCAGUGGUGGUGGUGUUGAUCCACGCCGCGGUUAGGAAGACCGACGACUUGUCCGCCGAUGAGGAGGCUGCCGGAGGAUUGUUGAGGUGAGUCGCCUGCAUCUUCCUCCUGAUUUGAUUCGAUCUUAUCCUUUCUCUUGCUUAGCUGUUGUUCAUUCAAUUCAAUCAUUGAUCAUCAUCUUCUCGUAGCCUCGCCUUGCCUGUUAUUGUUGACUUUGCGUUUUUUUCUCUGUUUUCCGAGUGAGUGUGUGUAUUUCAAUUUUUUUUUCGAUGUUCUUCGUUCUUUGAGAAAUCAUGUAAAAUCCAGCACUGAAUAAUUCUCUGCUACUGUGGCUAUUUCUAAACCUCCAUUGGAUGAUCUUCGUUCAAUUCUGUCCAAACUUGUUCUUCUUUCCUGCAUAAACAAUUUGUGAAUGAACUUGAAGAAAUUCCCCUCUCCUUGCUUAGA